AUGCUGAACUGUGAAAGUCGCCGCUUGUGUUCCAACCAAGCAUGGCCACACAUACGGGAGAGCGUGCUGUCGAAUGUCCAUGUAGCAACAUCCGUAACGGGAUCCAUGGUAAGACUUCCAGCGGAGCCCAGUGCCAGUGCAAUGAACACCCACUCCAUAAACACCACUAUCAGCACCGUCACCGUGGCUAUAGGUACAGUGAAGAGUGCCGGCAUGGCUGAUAGCGUCCUGUGUGUGGGGG